CCUCCACCCACACCAAAUCAAAGGAGUUCAUAUGUCUUAUGCGUGCUGGAGAACUAAUAUUUGCUGUUUUGUCAGAAGACGUGCCAAAGACAACACUUCUCUGUGACAUAAUGCAACUUUUUACCGACUACAAGCAACAAGCGCACAUGUAACUUUGUUGUUAUUAGACCCUCCCCCCUCCUUUAAAUCAGCAGUUAACACACUGGGAUAGUGAGAUUAUUUUCAGUUCUUUUAAAUCGAAACUAACAGAACCGAAAGUACAUGCUGUUUGUUUGGUUGACAGACUGCGACUUAAAACAGACGGUUCACAAUGUCAGUUCAGUUCUCUGGAUGGGAGGUGGUGGACGAUGGCGCCUGCUUUCCUGGCGUGAUGCUGGAUCCGGCACAGACGCCUCAGAACAAGGGCAUCUACAAAAUGUUUCACGGAACCAGCGUUGCCAGUGCACGGGCCAUCAUCGCUGGUGGAUUCCAGCCGUCGUCUGGUGGCAUGCUGGGAAAGGGUGUGUACAUGAGCAGGGAUGUGAAGAAGGCCUCUAACUAUCCCUAUCUGAGUACCUCUAGUAACCGUGUGAUUUUAGAGCUGCGUGUUCGUGUAGGCCGUGUCAAACGCAUAGACAAGGACAAUCACCCUUUGCAGUACACCUGGAGCAGUAAUGGCUACAACACCGCUUGGGUACCCCCCAACUGUGGUAUGAAAUCUGUGCCCAGCGGCCUGGAGGAGGACUGUGUGUUUGACCCUAAAAGGGUGACAGUUGUGGACAUUGCAAAAGCACCAACCACCGCAAUAGAAAAGGAGCUUCAGCAGCUUCUUGACAAAGCGUCUAAACAUCCCAAGGGAAAAGCUGGUCACCAUAAAGAUGUUUGUCCGCUGUGCAAGAGGAUGACCCAACAAGGAGCUCAUCACAUCAAGCAGAAGUGCUGGACGUGUGGUCAAGACAUCUGUAUUCUCACGUCCAAGCACUUCUGCAGGAUGUCACUGCAGUUCUUUGGCUGGGAGGUGACCUACGACGAUGACUCUCCUCGUCUGGAGCUGGGGGCCUCACAAGAACCCAAAGACCGGGGCGUCUACACCAUGUACCAUGGCACCACUGUUGCCAAUGCGCGUCUCAUCAUUGCCAAUGGCUUUCUGCAGUCGACCAAGGGCAUGCUGGGGAACGGUGUGUAUGUAAGUCGUGACAGAAAGAAGGCAGAACGUUAUCCUCUGAACAUCAACGCUGCAGAUCGUGUGGUGCUGAAGCUGCACGUGCGCGUUGGCCGUGUCAAACGCAUAGACAAGGACAACCAUCCAAUGCAGUAUACCUGGAGCAGUAAUGGCUACGACACAGCUUGGGUACCCCCCAACUGUGGCAUGAAAGCUGUGCCCAGCGGUCUGGAGGAGGACUGUGUGUUUGACCCAAGCAGAAUAACGGUUGUGGACAUUGCUAAGGCUCCAAACUCAGAACUGGAGCCACUUAAGCAGCUUGUCGCCAACAGUCUCAGAAAGCCCAAAGUUGCAGUUGGCAGUGGGGGUGCUGCAGCUGAUUGUUCACUGUGCAACAGAAAACUACAGCAGAAUUCUGCACAUGUCAAGCAAGCGUGCUGGGGAUGUGGGCAAAGCAUUUGCACGCUAAUGACCAAACAUGUCUGUACAGUCAGGAUUUAAGGGGAACUAAAAUCUGAUGGGCUCGAUUCACUUAAUCAAGUGAAGUGCAGGGAAACAAACCGAAUGUAACGUAGGACAAUAGAUGUCUCUCAGGAUACAGCUGUACUUUGGAAACAGCCUGGUUGCUUCUUUUUCUUCCACAAAGAACUGUGAUGUGUUGUAAUGUGCAUCAACUUACGCCAAACUUUCUGAUGAUUUUACUGUUAUAUUUGAUUAUAUAUGAAACCGUUUUAAUAGGAUUAUGUGUUGGUGUCAGUAGAAGACAAUCUUUGAUGAGCAAAAUGUCUUUAUUUCAUGAUUGCAUGUUGUUUGGAAAAAAGAAAAAAACAAAACUGAUUUCAGAGUCAUAAUGUGAAAAAUAAAAUAAAUGACCUUACCCGCCCCUAUCCAGUACUUCUUGUCAUUUGGUUGUUGCGUUAUAUUAUUGUAAAUGUAUUUUACUUUAAGUAUGUCUCAUUGUUUGAAUUGUUCUUUAUUGCAAACCAAUUUUGUCCCCCGUCAGUUAAAACUUGUGACGUUAUUACUAAAAGUCCAAACUAAAGUAUUCUAAAAAAUAAAAAUAAAUAAAACGAAAUAAAAUAAUGCGAAUGAAUCAAUAAUUUGGAUUUCAGAUUCAUCAUGCCUUACAUUCGUCUUCUUCUUUUUUUUUUUUUUUUUUUUUUUUUUACAUUUUCUCAG